AGUAGAAAGAGGAGGAGGUUUGGCCAAGGAGCGCUUUGAAUAGGGAAGUUUUGCAGGGGGUUACAUUCGCAGUCAUCUCAGUGUUUGCAAAUAUUGAGUAGGUUUCUGAGCAAGUAUCUUCUCGAGAGAGCCCAGGAGUUGGAAAACAGCACCAGCAGCAAUCGGGAGACUUUGCAAAUAAUCAUAAUAAACCAUCUAUAUAUUGCUGUGCAAUUAAACUUUGCAUGAAACUUUGCUUUUUUUAUAUUAUUAUUACAAAAAAGAAAGAACUGUCUUCAUCUGAAAUACCGAGCAGGAAUUUAAUUAAUAUAUAGAUAGAGACAGGGUGCUUCUUCUUCUUCUUCUUCUUUUUUAAAAGGAAAAAGACAUACCUUCUCUCUUCGUUGCUUUUGUGUGUGUGUUUUUGUGUUUUUUAAAUGGUUUUUUGGUGGUCGUCCUUUUUCUCCGGAGGAGGAGUAAGUGGGACUUUGUAAAUAGCUGGUCGUAUUUCUGUCACCAUCACCUGCCAUCGCGAUUACCCUCGGCAGCAGCGGCAGCGAUAGCAGCUAAAGACAUCCGUAUUGUUGUUUAUAUUAUUAUUAUUAUUAUUAUUUUUAACAAGACGUUGCAAUCGGACAUUGACUUUGCGGAAGGUUUAUUGUUGCAACUUCCCCCACCCUUAAAAAAAAAAAAAGACAGAGAGACAGACAGACAUGGAUGUGCUCCCAAUGUGUAGCAUUUUUCAGGAACUCCAAAUUGUCCACGACACUGGUUACUUCUCUGCUUUGCCAUCUCUGGAGGAAUACUGGCAACAGACUUGCUUAGAGCUGGAACGGUACCUCCAGAGCGAGCCUUGCUACGUGUCUGCCUCCGAGAUAAAAUUUGACAGUCAAGAGGAUCUGUGGACCAAAAUUAUUCUGGCACGUGAGAAGAGGGAAGAGUCGGAACAGAAGGCUGCAUGUCUCCCAAAGGAGGACAGUACAAGUAGCCAGAGCUUAGAGACUAACAGUUUGAAUUCUGAUAUCAGCAGUGAAUCUUCAGACAGCUCUGAGGAACUUUCGCCUACGACUAAGUUUACCUCUGAUCCCAUAAGCGAAGUCUUAGGCCUGGCCAAUACGGGAAACUUGAGUUCAUCGGUCACUUCUACUCCACCUUCUUCCCCCGAGUUGGGCAAGGAGCCAGCUUCACAACCGUGGAAUUGUGCGCCUGGUGAAUUGCAUUCACCGGGCAAAAUUCGUACUGGUACUGGUGGAAAGACUGUGGAAAAGGGUACCCCGGUCAACGGCGAUGCCUCUCCGGAUGGCAGGAGGCGGGUCCACAGGUGUCAGUUCAAUGGGUGCAGAAAGGUUUACACCAAAAGUUCACACCUGAAAGCACAUCAGCGUACCCAUACAGGAGAAAAGCCUUACAGAUGCUCAUGGGAAGGGUGUGUGUGGCGUUUUGCGAGGAGUGAUGAGUUAACCAGACACUUCAGAAAGCACACAGGAGCCAAGCCUUUUAAAUGUAAUCACUGUGACAGGUGCUUCUCCAGGUCUGAUCACCUGGCCCUUCACAUGAAGAGGCAUCUCUGAAUGGGUGAAGAGAUCGAAUCCUGUGGGCUAAGAGGCUUCAAGGUCAACCGGCCUUGAAAGAAGGGAUGCGUAUUCCAGCCAAAGCAUGCCAUUUUGCACCCUAACCCAGUCUUCAGAGGGCUAAACAAGUCAUGUAAGAAAACGGCAUAGCGACCGCACGGUGUGGGUCUCAUCCGCUGGCACCCUACCUUCUGAGUGGCUUCUACCGCCUUCUGCCGUGAGCACGUGCACUGAGAAUGUUAAUGAUUGGACGACUGUAUGUUAUUGAGGAUCUACUGGGCGACUGUAUGCUGAGGCACAUUCAUUUUUUUUCCCAAUUUUUUGUUUUGUCCCUUGUGGUUGUUUUAUAACCGUAAGAGAGAAAAGGUCGGCUGAAUGGGGGAUUUUUUUUUUAAAAAAAAAUUGCGUAUGUAAGGGAGUAUAUCGCAAGAUGGAGUGAGCACCAAUCAUUUCCAUGGGGAACGGGGUGUCGGCACCUUUUUUAAAAAAAGAAAGAAAGGGCACAGUAAGGGAGGGGAUGUAAAGUCAAGACACCAGAACUGGAGGGAGGGCCCCCUAUCCUGUGUGAGAGGAGCUUUUGGUGUCUGGUCCAGCUAUUAAAUGUGCAAUGUGUCAAGUAGCUUUGUUUUACUUGCUACAGAGCUCAUUUGUAAUCCAUUGUAUAAGCUGUGUAUUUACAAUAUAACACAACCUAUAACUUUUUCAUUAUAAUACAAAGGUUAUUGCAUGGUUCUGGGGAACUAUAUGCUUUUCCAUUCUUUAAUCAGGACUGCAGGUGUUUUAUUUCUCUCUCUCUCUCUCAAUUCCAGUUAAAGCUGCUACAAUGCAAUUGGUUUAAUGUUACAUAACAUUCACAACCUGGAUAUAUAUAUUUUUUUUCGUCCUGUUGUGUGGAUAAAACCACUGUAGGUUAGAAACUGUUUUUUUUUAAAAAAAAAAAUAUUAAAAUAAAUCUCAUGCAGCUAUUUCCCCCCUUUUAUUUAUGCCUUGAGGUCUCAUUUCUGGUUUUCUAGCUGUUAAUGCACUGUUGACCUUAAUAAUGGUGCCUUAUGCAAAGUGAUCUCCUCUUGUAGGGGGUCUUAUACAGGGGUAUGGGUGAUGUAUGCUUCAUUAAGGCUCUCUUGUCACCUGACGCUUGUACUGUAAACAAAUGUAUAUUAUGAAGAGGUGGAGAGAACAUAAGCAGAUGUUCGGGUUUUUAAUGUAUAGAAACAUUCUUGCCAUAUAGAACUUUAAAAAUUCCAGGAAUAAUCUGACCAGUUCUGCCAACUUGAGAAUCCCUGGGUUUUUGUUUUUAUAUUUGGCCAUGCACAACCCCGUUUCCUUAUCCCCUAACCCUUGCCAAAUAAAACCCUGUACUCCAAAAUAUUAUGUUUCUCUUAUGCAUAGUUAAAAGUGCAGGAGUAUUUAAAAAAGAAGAAGAAAAGUAUUUGCUGAAAAGGCACAAGCUCCAUAUCUUUCUCUUGGCUAAAACAGAAAAAAAAAUCAAGAUUUUUUUUUUGAAGAAAAACAAAAAAAAUAAAAAAUAAAAAAGUUAUCCAGUGGGCAGAAAAUGUCUAAUGUAUGUAUAUUCGUGUGUACACUAUCUGUAGCUCCAUGUGUAUGUGUGCGUGCACGCGUGUGUGUUUGUGUGGGUGUGCGUGGGUGUGUAUAUCUAUAAAUAUAUAAAUAUAUAGAUAAUAUAUAUAUAAAAAAAUGUUUUAAAUGAUUGAAUUGAGUUCUUUGGUAGAAAAUACCACAGCCCACGAGGAGCCCUCUGUUUUCCUGCAUUUCAUAUUAACGAAGCAAACAAAAGUCCAUAUAUUAACAUGUAGAACUCACCACCUUUUUCACUUGUAGGCCUCUAAAGGGUUUUAUGCCAACAUCUGAGGGAGGGAGAUUGGGGUUCUUAUACUUAACAAACUAUAAAGCUGUUAUAUCUCGCUUUGGUGAAGGGAGCACUUUGCAUGCUCAAAAAUCCCCUGGUGUUUAUGGCCCUGCUCACCUGGUGCUCCGGAACCCCUCUGAGGGGUUCCUCUACAUGCCACUGGCAGAACUCAUGGACAUUGAGGUGACUUUCCAUCUGUUGCAAAGAACAUUUGAAAUGCCACGUUACUUUGUGGGCCAAACUUGCCUACUUAGGUGUUUCCAGAUCCUCUAGAAAUGCAAAUUCCACAGCCAUUUAAAGAUGGGCAUUCCAGUAACUUCCCCCUACCCAAAUCUAGCCCCUCAGCUCUUGUCCUCCAAGCCUAUCUAGAUAGGAAGAUCUAAGAAUGAGGCCUUUAAUUAUUUUGUUACUUUAGGUGUUGACCUUUGAGCUCAAGAUGCAAAGCAGAUUGAUGAGAGAUUAGAAAUAGCUCUUCCCCCAGAAGGUAAGCCCAUGAGGUUCACCCCUCGCCUCCCCGCCCUUUUUUCAAAACCUGCCUCCCUUGACAACAGUGACAUAUUUACAUGCAAACCACAUCUGUAGCCCAUUUCUUGCUAUUUUGGGCAGCUUUUCCUGGAAAUGUUGGUGAAGAUUAAUAGUUCUCUAAAACGCACUAGACACCAAUUUAUCUGAUUCUAAGGAACACGUGGGCCGACACGGUUUGCAUUGCUUUUAUGAUUUUUUUUUUAUAUGCUUGAAAGUGCACUUUUUUCUUUAUAACAAAAAAGUAAAAAUAUUUCCUAGGAGGAGGCCAUAGUCGCUACAAUCUAUGGAGCUCUACUGUAAACAUGGAGCUUCAUGCAUGCAGGGGCUGCCUUUUCCUUUUCACUGUUGGGGGAAUUAAUUAUAGCUGCAAUGACAGAGGCCAUUUCGUACAUGAAACAUUACCCUUCCUGGGCACGUGUGUAUCCACACUCAUGCAUCCAAGGCAAUUAAGGAGGGGUUUUGUUUCAAGGGUUUGUUUUCGAUGGGAUUUUUUUUUUAGCCUUAUUUUCAAUGCCUUCUACUUAGCCAUAAUAAUGCCAAUUAAUAUAAAAAAAGGAAAACAGAUUUUUUUUUUCCAAAUAAAAAAUCCCUUGCAUAGCUUUUCUCAGUUGUGAAAUAUCAGUCAUUUUGGAUGGGGCCCGUCUGCCAUAUGUCAAUAAAUAAAUGCCUGUCAGUUUUGUGGUUAAAUAAGUACAUUUUGUUCAGGUGAUAACUGAGCCUCAAUCAAGCUGAAAGGAAAAUAAAAUUGCUUGAAAUUUCAGAAGAAAAUUUCUAUUCGUAAAAUUUCCUUUGUUUGUUCGUUUGUUUUUUUGGAAGCACCCUGUUAUCUAAAGAAUCUCUUUGUAAGAUUUUUGUAAAGAAAAUUUGUUUUACAAGAUUUUAUUUGAAAUUGUUUUUUGCAAGAUUGUUAUAUUUCUGUAUGAAUGUAUUUUUUAUUGGAAUAACAUAAAAAAAAUUCUUAUCAGCA